UACACAGAGCAGCUGGCUGGCAUCAGGACGGGACAGGCCGCGCAGUGGAAGGAUACCUUGAGGACGGCUCCUCUCCGCUCGCUGUAGGACACCGAGGGUGACUUCCAGGAGGUGUUCAUGGGAUGCACUAUCUACGCAGCCAGCCCUAAGGCCCUGCCCGCUGAAGAGGCCCCAGGACAGGACAGAUACUACCAGCUGCCUCACCACCGCCACCCUCAUGGUAACUGCAGCCAGCGGACAGCAUCCAGCAGAGUCAGGGCCAGGAGCAUGACUGAGCAGCAGGAGCAGAGCGAAGAAACAGGCCUGCUUUCAACACAGGACCUGGACCACCCCAAGGACGACGACACGCAUGGCCACUUCAGUAUUUCCUUUCACAACAGGUUUCAGCUGAUUGAAGAUCUGUCCUAUGAAGAUGUGAAGAAAUGUUACAGGGGCUCGUGUGUGUCUUGCAGCAGCUUGCUCCAGGCCUUGGAUGUGCGCGAGUGUGUGUAUGUAUACGGGGCCAACGUGCUGAGCCUGGUGCAGAGCUCGCGUCCUUUGAGGGAGAGGGUGGUGUCUGCGGCGAGCGGAGCCGGUGGUGGUGGAGGAGUGGCCGGUGGUGCGGUGCAGGCAGGCCGGUCGGCCAAGGAGCUCCUCAUGACUCUGCCCUGUCCCUCUGCACAGACUGUCAGCAAGUACAACUCGCAGUACCACAAACUGUUCCAGUGUGUGCCCAAGGAUGAGAUCCUCAUGAAAGUGUACUCCUGCGCUCUCCUCAGAGACAUUCUUCUACAAGGCCGGCUCUACAUCUCCAGAAACUGGCUGUGUUUCUAUGCCAACCUCUUCGGCAAGGACAUCAAGGUGGCUAUUCCUGUCGUUUCCGUGAGGCUGGUCAAGAAGCACAAAACAGCAGGUCUGGUACCAAACGGCUUGGCUAUCACCACGGACACCGGACAGAAGUAUGUAUUUGUGUCUCUGCUAUCAAGAGACAGUGUCUAUGAUGUCCUUCGCAGGAUCUGCACACACCUACAGGUCAAUGGGAAGAGCCUGAGCUUGAAGCAGUUCAUGGAGGAGCCGAUCUUAUCGCUGGAUGAGUACCCGGUUCCGGAUGAGUUCCCAGCGGUUGACGAGUUCCCAUCAGUUUUAAAGUGGAGGAGGAAACCCUCGGUGGUGUCUGUGUCGUCCUCCCUUCCUGACCUCCUGGGAAACUCGACCAGCAGCCUGAGCACCGCGGACACACCCUUCAAAUCAGAACAGCCGCUGGAAGAGUGCGCCCUGCAAACAGACAGAGGUCUUUUUUCAGAGCCACUGGCAGAGCUGGGCCAGAUGGAGUACCAGCUGCUCAAGUUCUUCACCCUGCUCAUUGUCCUCCUCAUCCUGUCAUCGUGCUACCUGGCCUUUCGUGUGUGUAGUUUGGAGCAGCAGCUGUCCUUCCUCAGUAACCCAAAUCUGCCCCUGAGAGAGAGAUUCCGCUAACGUGGCUGCCUACUUCCUGUCCAGGUAACCACUGUUCUGCACUGGGACUCAUCAGUUUUGCGAUGCCCUACUGCACAGAUCUUGGAUCAGCUUUAGAGCCCGGAAACAAUCAACCCCUGCACCAGCCGCAUACGUGAAGGAGAACUGACUUUCUAUUUAGUGAUCACUUCCAGACUAUGCAAACAGACUUUCUAUUUAUUUCUCAAUUUGAGUAGUUUUAACUGUAGAUCAUGAUUAUCUACCAUGGCCUAAACCUCUGAUAGACCAUAAACAGAUGACUCUGCCGUGUAAAGCUCCAUACACUAAAGUAGUGAGCAGGUUGGGACUGUUUGUGACGCUGAAGGUGAGGGUGGAAAGAUAGGAGACCAUUAACACAUUAAUUACUUGAAAAGACAGAUGGUAAAGGUAUUCCAGGUGAGUUAUGAUGGUCAUUUCCAACAUGUUUUGACUAAACCAUUAUUAUUAUAUUAUUUUUUUCUGGUUACAUCUUGCCCUCAGUAGGAAGGCUAAACCAUCUACAACGAAGCACUUUUAAGAAGUAUGUCCAUAUUAUUUCAAAUGUAUGUAGUGAUUUAAGAGUUGAAAUCUAUUUUUGCCUAAUAAUAGGUACUCAUUUGUCAUUUUAAGAGUUUUUAUUGAAGGAAGUCUGAUAUGACCACAGAGAAUUGACUGAAGGAAGUCUAUAACUGUAAUAUACUGAAGCAACAACACCCCCUGUGGGUGUUAACUAUAAUGUGAAUGAGGAAUAAGAGACAUGCUUAAUAGCUGUUUUUAGUUGUUCUAAUCUCCUGUGUGAAAGGAGGCCCAGGUAGUUUAUUUUAUAAAUUUCAAAUGUAUUCACCAAAUACUUAAAAAAUGAGGUUCAUGUGAUUAUAUCUUUGUCUGAAGAUACUGAAUGAUUUUACAGAUAUGUAUUUUACAGAAAUGUAGAGUAGUUGUGAAAUCCAUGUGAAUUAAAUUAGCAAAGAAAUGUUGAUAAACAAAAAUGUUUGCGCCUUUUGAUUGAAUUUUUGAUUAUUUUGAGGUUAAAGAUUUUACUAUCCAUCCUUUCUUCCUGGCACAUCGGCAGUAUAUACAUAUAGGACCACCAGGAAAUGCUUUGACUUCGAAAGCACAGCAAAUUUCACUAACCUCUACAUCUCGCCCUAAAUUAUGAAGCUGGAACGUAAUGUUGGCAGAAGCACUUAAUGCUUAAUACAUUACACAUGCAGCACUGGCUGUACUGGCAUUGGUUUUCUUCCACAUGUUUCUGUUCAAUUUCAAUAACUUAAAACACAAGUUACAUUUGUAAAAAAUGUGUAUGGUCUUAAAUAUUAGCUGUUCAGAAGCUACAAUAAACAGUAUUGAUUUUAAACAAAAAAUACAUGAAUUCAGAAAAAUGUGUGACAUUCUCUCAGAUAUACCAUGCAAUCAGCAAUAAAAGUAUUCAAACAAAGUGAAAUAUACUGAUCAGUGAGUUACCACAUUAUUUUGACAGAACCACCUAAAGCAAACAAAUAAAGGUACUGGAAUUGUUCCUGAUAAAAAUACAAUACAUACAUAUACACAGCAUACAUACACCAUACACAGCUCAAAAUUUAAAGGAAAACAUGCCUGUGUCACAUGUGAGGUUUUCUUUAUAUUC